GGUCGUCGAGAAGGAGGUAGAAACGUGCUAAAAUAUAACAUGGUUACCCGAGUAAUACAAAUAAUAUGCUCUCAAGAUAACAGCUAAGCACGAUGACUCAUUAGAUUUAUUAGUUAAUGGUGCUCGGGUGUGGUGUUGUUAUUCGUACACUCGCUCUCCCCCCCUCUCCUUGUCGCCCUGCUGGUGUGGACCGAUCCCUCUCUGUCAGUUUCAAGUUGCGCCUUCUCCUCCAGCACAACCCGCUCCACAGCGCCGAGCACCGGGGUGGCUUCACCGGGAGAAACCACCGCCAUGGACCCACUCCGGAGACAUACGAGCGGAUUAUAAACACACCGGAGUCCAAGAAUGAAGAUGCCUGAGGUCUGAGUAAAAGCCCUCCACCAGAGAGCGUGUGUUCUGGGGCUGGACCCAGAGACCCCUGCCUCUGGGCUGAAGGGCCCUGCAGUGUAUGCCUGGACCAUGGGGGAUGGAGGCGCUGGUGCAACAGGAGGAGAUGGGGUGAACCAGUCCCAUGUCCUGUUCGACAGGUUCGUCCAGGGGAGCACGUGCAAGGGCACGCUCAAGGCCUUCCAGGAGCUGUGUGACCACCUGGAGGUCAGGCCCACCGAGUACAGGGUCUUCUAUCACAAGCUCAAGUCCAAACUCAACUACUGGAAGGCCAAGGCACUCUGGGCCAAGUUAGACAAGAGGGCCAGCCAAAAGGAGUAUAAGAAGGGUCGUGCCUGUGCCAACUCAAAGUGUCUGAUCAUCGGUGCGGGGCCAUGUGGCCUCCGUACAGCCAUCGAGUUGGCUUUCCUGGGGGCCAAAGUGGUGCUACUGGAGAAGAGAGAUGCCUUCUCCAGGAACAAUGUGCUGCACCUCUGGCCCUUUUCCAUCCAGGACCUCAGGGGCCUUGGGGCCAAGAAGUUCCAUGGGAAGUUCUGUGCUGGUGCUAUCGAUCAUAUCAGUAUUCGUCAACUUCAGCUAAUGCUGCUCAAAGUGGCUCUCCUGCUGGGCAUCGAGAUCCAUGUCAACGUAGAGUUCAGGGGUCUUAUUGAACCCCCCGAAGAUCAAGAGACUGAAAGGAUAGGCUGGAGGGCUGAGGUCCACCCUAAGACACACCCUGUCAGCGAGCUGGAGUUUGAUGUCAUCAUUGGAGCAGACGGCAGGAGGAACACGUUACCAGGGUUUCGGCGUAAGGAAUUCCGGGGCAAGCUUGCAAUUGCCAUCACAGCUAACUUCAUCAACAGAAACACAACGGCUGAGGCAAAGGUCGAGGAGAUCAGCGGUGUAGCCUUCAUCUUCAACCAGAAGUUCUUUCAAGACCUCAGAGAAGCAACAGGAAUUGACCUGGAAAACAUUGUCUACUACAAGGAUGACACGCACUACUUUGUGAUGACUGCCAAAAAACAGAGCCUGCUGGAGAAAGGAGUCAUUCUGCAUGACUAUGCAGACACGGAGAUGCUGCUGUCCAGAGCAAACGUAGACCAGGCAGCGCUGCUGUCUUACGCCCGUGAAGCUGCGGAUUUCUCCACCAGCCACCAGCUGCCCACACUGGACUUUGCCAUCAACCACUACGGCCAGCCGGAUGUAGCCAUGUUCGACUUCACCUGCAUGUACGCCUCUGAGAACGCUGCCAUGGUGCGCCAGCGCAAUGGCCACAAGCUGCUGGUGGCGCUGGUGGGAGACAGCCUGUUGGAGCCCUUCUGGCCCAUGGGCACUGGCAUUGCUCGAGGUUUCUUGGCAGCCAUGGACUCAGGCUGGAUGGUGAAGAGCUGGGCUCAGGGAAAAACCCCUCUGGAGGUGCUGGCUGAGAGGGAGAGUAUAUACCGUCUUCUGCCCCAGACCACUCCAGAAAACGUCAGCAAGAACUUCAAUCAGUACAGUGUGGAUCCGACCACACGUUACCCCAACAUUAGCCUUAACUUCCUCAAGCCCAGCCAGAUGCGGCAUCUCUUUGAUACCGGGGAGUCGCAGGAAAUGCGCAUUGAAAUAGAAAAUGUUAUCAACACGUCAACACCCAAGUUGGCCAGGAAUGAAUCCAUAGCCCGAUCGAGUAAAUUACUCAACUGGUGCCAGAGACAGACGGAUGGAUACAGGAACGUUCAUGUCACAGAUCUUACAAUGUCCUGGAAGAGCGGUCUGGCCCUGUGUGCCCUCAUCCACCGCUACAGACCGGAUCUCAUUGACUUUGACUCGCUGGACGAGCGAGACCAGCAAAAGAACAACCAGUUGGGCUUCGACGUGGCAGAGAAGGAAUUUGGCAUUUCGCCCUGCAUGACUGGCAAGGAGAUGUCCUCUGUGGUGGAGCCAGACAAGCUCUCCAUGGUCAUGUACCUCAGCCAGUUCUAUGAGAUGUUCAAGGACACAGUGCCACCCGGAGAUAAACACAACCUGAGCCCUGAGGAGAAGGCAGCCCUGAUAUCCAGCACCAAGUCUCCAAUCUCGUUCCUGAGCAAACUCGGUCAGAGCAUAGCGAUAUCCAGGAAACGAAAUCCAAAGGACAAAAAAGAGAAGGAUGUAGACGGUUUGGGGAAGAGGAGGAAAACGAGUCAGUCUGAAGAUGAGGAAUUAUCCAGGACCAGUCGUGAUGACAGGCAAUCUGUCCCCGCUCUGUGUGAGAGAAAAAUGGACUCUGCUGCCGUAGGGAACCACAACAAAGUCAAGGUCAUGGCCACCCAGCUGCUCGCCAAGUUUGAGGAGAACGCCCCAGCCCAGUCUAGCGGACUCAAACGACAGGGGGACUCGCUGCCCAAUCUGGACUGCCUUUUGCCCCCUUCCCCACCCCGACCCUCUGUGAGAGAGCCAGUGCGCCUGGCACCAGUUCCAGCGUGGAGGAAGAGACGCACACAGCAGCAGGAGCAGCUGAGCAUUCGCUACAAAGAAAUGAUCAAGUGUCAGACGCUGCCCGGAAAAGGGGAGCAGGUAUGCUGGCCUGGUAGUUCAACUCCUCGCACAUCCCCAGUAAAUCUAGGUUUACCCUCCUGCAGACGUGCAUGGAUUGGCCUGUUUUCCAAAGCAAAGACUGCUUCUUGUAACAUCUCAAUGGAGCUUGUUUGGCAGGAAUGGGACCCCCUGCACCUGACAGACCCAGGACCCAUUCACAUACCCGGUAUACAAGAGAGGGCUGACCGCCUGAUUUCUAGAUUUAAGGGCAAACCUGACAAACCACCAAAGCCUAAGAAAAAGCCGUCCCGUUUCUUUUUAGAGCAGUGGCACUUGUCCCGAGGCCUCACUGAGGGUCCCGGUUCACCGGUCUCCUCUCCUGACUCCACUAGAAAGGAGUCAGCAAGGCCUCUGCACUCCGAUGACCAAAUGCCCUUAUAUGUGCUUAGUAUUCAGGAGAGGGCCGAGCAGCUUACCUCUCAGUUGGAGGGCAAGUCAAUCGGACCUCAGACUAAGAAGAAGCCUUCACGCUUUUUUAUGGAACAAUGGUACCUGGCCCGAACCCAGACUCCCCCCGAUACUCCCCCGUCUCCCUCUGACAGACAGCGCUAUGUGCGGAUGUACACUGGGGGAGUUAGCUCAUUGGCUGAGCAGAUAGCCAGUCAGCUUCAGUCUCAGGAUGACCCCAAGCCCCCUCCUGAAAAGAGGGAUUUGGGCUCCCUCAGAAAAGAGUUCCCCGUCAACUUGGGAGGCAGCGAUGUCUGCUUCUUCUGUCGAAAGCGCGUGUACGUGAUGGAGAGGCUGAGCGCCGAGGGGAAAUUCUUCCACCGCAGCUGCUUCAAGUGCGACUACUGUGGCACCACGCUACGACUGUCCUCCUACGCCUUUGAUGUGGAGGAUGGGAAAUUUUACUGCAAGCCCCACUACUGUUACCGUCUGUCUGGCUAUGCUCAGAGAAAGAGGCCUUCUCCCUCCCCAGCUCCAAUCACAGCCAAGGAGAACCAGUCGCCCCAAACUCCUACGUCGGCCGUAGAUGCCCCCGGAAGGGCUAUGGCAGCGGUGACUCCUUCGUCCGAGCUCCAGCCCUCAGCACUGGAGGUCAAUGGACUGCAGGAGCCGAGCCUGGCCAAACGCCUGCGUGGAACUCCAGAGCGCAUCGAGCUGGAGAACUACCGUCUGUCUCUGCAGAGGGAGGAGGAGCUGGAGGAGGUGCCUGAGGAGACGCUGGCAGAGCACAACCUCAGCAGCGUGCUGGACAAGGCCACAGAUGCUGACCUCGGCUCCAGUAGCUCAGAGUCUGACAUGGAGGAGGAGGAUGAGCAGGAGGAUCAGGACCAGGACCAGGAUCAAGACCAGGAGGAGGAGGAGUUGGAGGAACAUCCUACCAGUCCCUCGGAUCUUGGUGGCGUUCCUUGGAGGGAGGCGGUGGAGCUCCAUGCUAAACUGAGGGGCGACAACUGUGAUGAGGAGGAGGAUGAGGCUCUGGGCGACGCAGUCAGCAGGGACGGUGAACUAGAUGAAGAGGAGGAUGAGGAUGAAGAAGAGGAUGAUGAGGAGUCGAGCGAAGAAGGGGAUUACUGCCCCUGGGACAGAGAGCUGCAGUCUGGCCUCUGGCUGGAGAAGCACCUGACAGACGAAGAGGAUGUUGGUACAUUUAAAGCUAGGAACCUGCUGAUCCAACAAGUCCUGCAGCCUGUGGAUCCCCAGGCCAUCCUGGGUUUGGUGAGAACCCACCUGGAGUCUGAGGGAGAGAAGGACUUGACCUCUCAGCUCUCUCAACCCUCUGAGCUCAUUCAGCCCUCCUCAGCAGCACCUGCCCACACAUCCGCCCGACACGAGGCAGUGAGAGUCUGGUUGGAGUCCAUGUCUGGAGAGCCCUGUGAGGAGGAAGAGCUGGAAGCAGAGGCAGACAGCCCGGAUGUGGAGCCCGGUACAGAGAUGGAUCAGGAGGACAUCCCUUCAGAUGCAGAAGCUGAGGCUCGUUUACACCAGUCAGAGAACACUGAAGCACUUCCUGAAGAAGACAGGAAAUCAGGUGUGGGAGUGUCCUCCAGCAUUGAACCAUCCAGCACCAGCCCACUGCAGAAAGAAGAUUUUGUCCUUUCCCCUCUCAAACCAUCACCACAGCCUGAGACACAGAUACCUCUCGUGAAGUCUCCUGGCACCCGCUUUUUCCCAGAUCCGUUCAUACCUGAGGAAACGAAUGCUGAGAGGAUAACUCCUUCUCCAGCAGCCAGAAGCCCACUGUUCCCGUCACCUGUCGCUUCUCUGGCUCCUGCUGCUGCCGCCGCCGCUUCUCCUGUCAAUGUCUCUGCUUCAUCGCCCCCCAGCUCUCCCACCAAAUCACCUAUCGCCUCCCCGCUCAAGCCGGCAAUCAAGUCACCUGUCAGCUCACCGAUCUGCUCCCAGCCCACCCCCCUACCAGAGACAUGCACUCCUAAAUCUCCUGUCUACCCCCACCGCUCCAUUUGCCCUCUCACAGGAAACCCCCUCUCCCCGAUCUGCGCCCAGCCUUUGCCUUGUCACGAACCGUCAUCGCCCCUCACCUCAGAUUCUCCUGUCAGAACUCAGCCUGUCCCGGCAGUCACCUCGACGCCCAUGAACAAAACUGACAGAGGCACGCCGGAGCCCUCGAAGUCCAUAGAUUCCUCAACAGAGGAGACUCCAUCUAAAAAGACAGAUAUCAUUGAGGAGUUUUGGUUAAAGAGUGCAGAGAUAAGAAAAAGCCUUGGUCUGACUCCUCUGGAUCGCAGUAGUAAAAUCUUUGAGAAUAGUGUCGUUAAAGCUCCAACACAGGAGCCCACACCGGUCCAGACACAGUCUCCUGAAGUGUCUGAGGAGCAGAAGCCUGCCCUCGCUGGUCGUGCUGUCAUUCGCAGACUGAACAUCACUCUUGAGGGUCAGGUCAUUACACCUCUAGCUCCCGCGGAGCCCAAGAGUAAUGGCUCUGAUAAGAGGGACAUCAGCACCAGCUCCGGCCUGGGGUUGAAUGGGAGCCUUGCCACAAGCCAGACGGCGAACAGCGACAUGUCUGAUUCCACCAUGCUCACGCCGCCCUCCAGUCCACCACCACCUGUGCCUGCAAAUCAGUCUCCAGCCGUGCUCAGGCAGCAGAAACACCAAGUGUCUUGGAGCAACGGAACAGAAAAACCUCCACUAGAGGGUGCCAAAGAGCCAGAGAAAACCAAGACUCCUGUUCCUGCACCGAGGACCCAGCUGAGCCCCGUCUCUGUGCCCAAGCCUGCACCCAGGAGAGUCUCAUCACCCCAGGCAGAUCCAGAGCCAGCUCCAGUGGUUGUUGUUAUGAGAGAAAAGAAGAAGCCUCGACCGGUGGAUGCGAGGAAGUCGUUUGUGGAGACGGUGGAGGAGAUUCCGUUUGCCGAUGACGUGGAGGAGACGUAUGACGAGCGGACGCCAGAAACUAGCAUGAACAAGUAUUACACUCCACCCACCAGCAAGCCCAGCAGAGAAAAACCUCCAAUGCAUCUGGCUCUAGCGAUGGAAAACGGUAAACCUAAUAUCCCAGUAAACCAAGCUGCUAAGACACAGAGGGCAACUCGAUUCUCUCCAGAGGCUAAGGAGAUCGCAGAAGAGAGAAUCAGAGCCAGAGAAAAGUCUGUUAAGAGCCAGGCACUGAAAGACGCCAUGGCCAAGCAGUUAAACAAAAUGAAAGAGUCUGACGUUGACAAGGGUGCCUCGCCUAAAGUUGCCUGGAGCGUAACCCCUGAUGUCGUAGGGAAAAGUAAAAAAUCAACCGGGUCGCCGAAAACAUCGGCCGUGAAAUCUCUGGAGUCAAAGAAGGGAGAGACUCUGCCGGAGCGUUUCUUCAGCAGCAACAAGAGCCUGGACAGCUCGGUGGCUUCAUCCGACGGCUCUUCCACAAGCAAGAGCAAGAAACGCAGUUCCCUGUUUUCGCCGCGCAAGAACAAGAAGGAGAAAAAGGCCAAGAACGACAGCAGCCGGCUCUCUGGCACCGAUGAGACGCCGCCCAAACACAAGUCGUUAUGGAAGGCCGUGUUCUCAGGGUACAAGAAGGACAAGAAGAAGAAGGAUGACAAAUCUUGUCCGAGCACACCGUCGUCCAGCUCCACCACUCAGGACUCUGGGAAAAAGAGAACAUCAUCUCCUGGGAGAUCCUCAGACUUGAAAACACGCAGGAACUUGAGCUUCUCUGAGGAUUCAGACCUGUCCUGUGACGACGUCCUGGAGAGAUCCUCCCAGAAGUCAAAGGCAGAUUCUGUUUAUGUUCCUCACGCGCUGGCGUUCAAGAGAUCGUACGCCACGAAGAAAACCUACACGGAGGAAGAGCUGAACGCCAAGCUGACGCGGAGAGUCCAGAAAGCUGCGCGGCGACAAGCCAAACAGGAGGAACUCAAGCGGCUGCACAGAGCCCAGAUUAUCCAGAGACAGUUGGAGCAGGUGGAGGAGAAGCAGAGGCAGCUGGAGGAGAGGGGCGUCGCUGUGGAGAAAGCUUUGAGAGGAGAAGCAGGAUUGUAUAAAGGUACUUAUACAUUACCCAAACAGCACAAAAGAAGAUCAGACUAUUGGGGAGAUUCUAAUUACAGUGAAAUCCUGGACUUGCAUCUGGGCGUUGAGCCCUUUGUGGGGAUGCCACGCCGAAGACCUCUCUCCUUCUGCCCCUGCUGUUCCCCUGAAGGCAUGGGCAAGAAGGACGAUCCCAAACUAAUGCAAGAGUGGUUCAAGCUGGUGCAGGAGAAAAACGCCCUCGUCCGCUAUGAGUCAGAACUCAUGAUAUUUGCCAGAGAGCUGGAGCUGGAGGAUCGGCAGAGCCGACUGCAGCAAGAACUCAGGGAGCGGAUGGCCGUGGAAGACCACCUGAAGACAGAAAAGGAGCUUGCUCAGGAAAAGCAGAUCCUGAACGAGAUGCUGGAGGUGGUGGAGCAGCGGGACGCCCUGGUGGCCCUCUUGGAGGAGCAGAGGCUUCGGGAGAAAGAAGAAGACAAGGACCUGGAGUCUGUCAUGCUCUCUAAAGGCUUCAACCUCAACUGGGCCUGAGAACAGUGACAUAACCCGCUCAUCGGGUGUAGAAAGAAUAAAACUGUUGGCGUUCUCAGCCUCGCACGCAUCAUCUUUGAUCAGACACGUCUGCCAAAAAUCACACAGGCAGUCGAUGUAAAACUGUCACACCUGCAGCAGUGAAUGUGUAAAGAUUGUACCCGACACAACACAGAAACACUACGGCUGCCGCUGACAUUGAAGCAGUCUGUCACGUUUACAUACCCGCUGCCCAAAGGCAGCCCCAGUUAUUCACUCUGCAGUUUUGCUUGGGCUCUCUCCCUCUGUAGGGGGAGAGGCAAGUUUUUUCACAACUUUAUCAUCACAGCCUUGAAGUGGAUCCUCUCAAGCGUAUGGGUGGGGGGGCGCUUUGGGAGAAUGUUUAAAGACUUGUUUCAUUCUUGAUUAUCUAAAGGGAAGAGUGCAGUUUGGUCCUGCUGAUGUUAAAGGAACUGUAAAGAAUUGUGUUUUUUGUGUAUAGCCGUGUAGAGCAAGUCACAUUAUUCAGCGGAUGAAGGUGUUCUCUGCUCUCGCUUCAGACGUGUGUGUGUGUGUGCGUGUGUGUGUGCAUGUGUGUGUGUAAAUGCUCGGCCUGAACGUAGGAAGGACAUCCUCUUCUGAAGCUGCCUUUCCAUCCAGUGACAAACUGACUUCUACAUCCUAAUGAACCACAGACACCAUGAAAGGCUUGUUUCUCUUUUCUUCUCAUCACAGCGUUUAGUGAGUCAACACAAAGAGCCCAUUAGAUAUGGCCAUGUUUUUAUAUAUUUAUGAUUUUUUUUUCUGUUUGUUUGCUUUUAACAGAUAAAGAUUCUUGUUUUUGUACAUUAACAGGAGAGUGCCCAGAAUUUCAUUAUCUUGCACCUGUGCACAACUCCCAGGCCCCCUGUAAGCCAUUGCAUGUCAUGAAUGAAGGUUUUAGGAACAUAGAGGAUCCUCACAACGUCUCAAAUAGCUUGACACACAAUACACACUUGUACAUUUCUAUGAACAGUCAAGCACUUCACAUGUGAUGGGCCUCUCUGUGAGAAGCCGUUCACUGUAUACCACACGAUCCGUUAUUGUUUACAAAUUCUCAUCCAUGUUUAAUGUUAGAUUUUUAUGUUUCCUGCUUCGGUAAGCUAAAGGAUUCAUCUUGGGGAAAAAAAACUGUCUUCAGGUUGAAAUGAGUUUCUCCCACAUGUUCUCACUGAGAUGUUAUCGUCCUUCAUGAAUCUGAUUUCUUUCUAGUUAUUGUAGCUCACAUUACUCAUUUUGUGCCACAGGACUGUCUGUUGUUUGAAUAUGCAAAAUCAACAGGAGCGUACACAUACACACACUAGACAACACUUGGAUCAGUAUAUGGCAGUGUUAAUCCUUUACCCUUGAACAAGAUGCCUUUUUUUUUUUUCAUUAGCAUUCUCUAUGUCUAAUUUAUGUUUGACUUUUUCCUGAGUUAUUUUUGAGGUAGUCACAUCUGUGCAUCCCACUGGAACUCGAGAAUUUUUUAAACUUCUUUUCAAAAACUUUUAUUACAUCAGCAGCUCCCCGAGCAAAAACAAAUAAGAGGAUUUGAAAUGGGGCGCUGAAGAGAUGCAGAGAGCUUUAUGAGCACCUCGCAUCAGACAGGAGCAUUAUGGUUUAUCUGGAGGGCAGUCAAACUAAUAGCCUUUUCGACAACUGUAAAGAAAUCCAGGUGGUCACUGUUUUACAGCACAGAAACACUAGAGGCUAUAUUUAUGACUCGCUAUGAGCUGUAAAUACAAAGUGUUACAUAAUUUUAAGGGUUUUCUUGUUGUAGAUGACGUGUGAUGAGUUUGACUUGAUUGUAUUGAUAUUUAUUAACAUGUGUGCAAACUGUAUAAUAUGUAAAGAAAAUGAAUCCUAAUUUUUGAAACCGUUCCGAUGACCCAAGACUCAUAAUGUAAAUGCUUCAUGUAGCUACAAUGCAUAGGGGUGUUGGAUGUAUGCUGAGAACGGCAAUAAAACAAUGCAGUUGUUCUUUUA